UAUUGGAAGUCAUAAAAAAUCCUCACACAUGACGAUGACUUCAGACAAGCAGACUUCGGCCCCCCCUCCUUCCCAGGAGCCAUGCAGUCAGCAGAAGUCAGGAUGAACAUGAGUAGUGUUGUCGGCUCUUGAUCUUCUGUCAGACCAUUCCUUAAAGUCCAUGCCGUCGCACUGACUCGGCACGGUCCAAUGAGACCCGCAGCUAAGAAUAACCCUCGACCGGUCCAGACACUUCUCGUGUCUCUUGGUUCUUUGGAAUCCGACUCUCUCACUGCAGGAAAGACGGUAUCUGCACGCUGCAAAAGCCCUUCAACCCGUCCCGGUGAUGGUGGCUUCAAUGCCAGGCACGCCGUCUCGUCUCGUCGCGGCAGCCACACGCACACAGUCCACACACACCCCUGGCUACCAUUGACCCUUCCCCAUCCUUUCCUUUUAUUUUUUUUUGACUGUCUCUCUUUCACUUCGGGCUUUUGCCAUCGUGCUCACUCCCAAGGGUAUCAGUUCAACUCCGGGGGUUACACCAGAAUGGUUUAAAGAAAUCACCUCCCUGCCGCUCUCUGCAUACUUCCCGGCAAACCACUGACUUCCUCCUUGCUCCGCGCCCCCCAGUGCGUCUCUAUACUUGGACCUCGCCCAGCCAUCUCAGAGGAUCAAACCAUGUUCUCUCGAUGA